AUGGCGGCUCACUUUGAAAAAUGCCUUACAGAAACGGAUACAGUGGACAGAUUGUCCCUCCCGAUUGAAUGGCAUAGGAUACUGCCUCAAGGAAGCGAUGAGGUCAAGAUUUAUGUUUCGGACGGGUUCGGGUUUUAUGAGUUUCGAUGUUCCACUAUCAGGAUGGGGCGUUACCGGAAGCCCUUUCUUCAACCCGAGGACUGGCUCAAAUUUGUCGAUCACAAAGGGCUCAAAGUUGGCGACAAGAUCAUUCUUGAUUCCGAGCCCAACGACUUUAUUGGACGCCAUUUCAGAAUUCGAGCACAAAAGUUGAACCAUGAAGAUGAUAAAUGGGUUGAUGUUUAG